UAAACUGUUUAGACCAACAUGUCCAUCAAGCUCCAGACAGAGUGGCUUUGAUCUGGGAGAAAGAUGAGCCUGGCACUGAAGUGAAAAUCACAUACAGAGGCAGAGCAGUGUUGGGGAUGGGAAUGGACAUACUGCAGGAGCACUGUUACCUGGAUGCAUUAUCCUACAUUUAACAGGGAACUUCUGGACAUGACCUGCCGUCUUGCCAACACACUGAAGAAAUAUGGAGUACAAAAAGGGGACAGAGUUGCAAUCUAUAUGCCUGUGACUCCACUGGCUGUGGCUGCCAUGUUGGCUUGUGCCAGAAUUGGUGCUAUUCAUACAGUGGUCUUUGCUGGAUUCAGUGCCGAAUCUUUAGCUGGGAGGAUCAUUGAUUCUGGCUGCAAAGCUGUCAUUACCUACAACCAGGGAGUCAGGGGAGGACGAGUUGUAGAGCUGAAGAAGACUGUGGAUGAAGCUGUAAAGAAUUGUCCAAGUGUCAAGCAUGUCUUCGUGGCUCAGAGAACAGACAGCACAGUCCACAUGGGUAAUCGUGACAUUCCUCUUGAAGAAGAGAUGGCCAAGGAGGCCCCUGUGUGUGCUCCUGAAAGCAUGGACAGUGAAGACAUGCUCUUCAUGCUGUACACCUCCGGGAGCACAGGAAAACCCAAAGGGAUUGUUCACACUCAGGCUGGGUAUCUGCUUUAUGCUGCUGUGACACACAAGCAUGUGUUUGACUACCAGCAAGGCGAUGUUUUUGGUUGUGUGGCUGAUAUUGGCUGGAUCACGGGACAUAGCUAUGUUGUAUAUGGACCACUCUGUAAUGGAGGCACCUCUGUGCUGUUUGAAAGCACUCCGCUGUAUCCUGACCCAGGUCGUUAUUGGGAAACUGUACAGAGAUUAAAAAUUAAUCAGUUUUACGGUGCACCUACUGCUGUACGCCUGCUGCUGAAGUAUGGAGAUAAGUGGGUGAAGAAGUAUGACAGAUCUUCCUUAAAAACCCUGGGAUCAGUGGGAGAACCAAUUAACCAUGAAGCUUGGCAAUGGUUCUACAAUGUAGUGGGAGACAGCCGGUGCACCCUUGUUGACACCUGGUGGCAAACAGAAACAGGAGGCAUCUGCAUUGCUCCCCGGCCCUCGGAGGAAGGAGCUGACAUCAUUCCUGCUAUGGCAAUGAGACCGUUCUUUGGGAUUAUACCGGCACUGAUGGAUGAGAACGGAAGAGUUAUAGAAGGAAAUGACGUCUCUGGUGCUCUGUGCAUUGCACAGCCCUGGCCUGGCCUGGCGAGAACCAUCUAUGGAGAUCAUCAGAGAUUUAUAGAUACUUAUUUCAAACUGUAUCCAGGUUAUUAUUUCACAGGGGAUGGUGCCUAUAGAUCCUCAGAGGGGUAUUACCAAAUAACAGGGCGGAUGGAUGAUGUCAUAAAUAUCAGCGGUCACAGGCUUGGAACUGCAGAGAUUGAAGAUGCCAUGGAUGAACAUCCCGCUGUACCUGAAACGGCUGUGAUUGGUUACCCCCAUGAGAUCAAAGGAGAAGGUGCCUUUGCUUUCAUAGUGUUAAAAGAAGACACAGCUCAUACAGAACGUGUUAAAGAAGAGCUCAGAUCUAUAGUUGCUUCCAAGAUUGCAAAGUAUGCUGUGCCUGAUCACGUUCUGGUAGUGAAACGCCUUCCGAAAACGCGAUCCGGGAAAAUUAUGAGAAGGGUGCUGAAGAAAAUUGUUGCUGACCAAUCCAGUGAUUUGGGAGAUGUCACCACGCUGGAUGAUCCAAGCAUCGUCGCAGAAAUACUAGAUGCCUACCAGAAAUACAAAACCGAGCAGUCUGCAUCUUCAUAGGAAAGUCUUGAGUCUCUUUCCAAAAGAAAUUCAGAGGAACAUAAACAACCAUCCAGAUAACUUUGCUCUUUCAUGGACUAUCAUCAAAUUCUGCUCACUCCUAAGAGAACAAAAUUAUGAUUCCUCUCACAACAUACUAUAAUCUAUCAUCGACCAUGGUAUACAGCUGCCUUCUCUUUUCCUUGGAAACCAUGGACUACACACUGUGAAGCAUCACAUGUUAAGAACCUUCUGAACAAGUGCCUGACUGAAUUUGCCAAAACGAAGUGUUUUCACACUAUUUUUAGGGAAAGCAGCCUUUUUAGGUUUCCACUAGCUGCAUUAAAAAUAAACAGCUAGUAAACUGUUUAUGACUGUUGAGGUAGGUGAUGUUUUUAAUGCUUGAAGCAAUACUUUCCCCCCCCCUCUGCUCCCAGACACUCACGGGGAGAGAUUUUGUAAUACAUUUUGCCAUUUUGGAGAAUAGUCAGAGAACCCAGAUCUUCAAUUUUUCAUUUCACUUAGAAUCAUAGAAAUGGGCUGGAAGGGACCUUGAAGAGUCAUCAAGUCCAGCCCCCUGCCCUGAGGCAGGACCAUGCUAGACCAUCCCUGAUAGGGGUUUGUCCAACCUGUUCUUAAACACAUCCCAAUGAUGGGGAGCCACAACUUAAAUCUAACUUGGUUAUCCCAGCUCAGGUAGCUGCAACAGUGGUGUCUUUUUAGCACUGCUGUAUACUGCAGUGUAUAUUGCAUGUGCACUAUUUGUGAAAUGGAUCACAGAUCAAGUAGCCAUAUUCUUUUCAUUACAGUUGCUUUGGUGCCUGAUCAUGGUUUUAGGCCUCGCCACACUUGGCUCAAAACAGUCAAUCUGGGGUCCAAAGGAUCCCAGCCUUUCCCUUUCCCUCCCCAAAGUCAACGAACCUAGGCCCAGAUCCUCAGUGGUCUUUAGGUCCCUAACUCCCAUUGAAAUCAGUGGCAUUGAAGCACCUAAAUACCUCUGAAGAUCAGCACCUACUCCCUUCUAGGUAACAUGGAUCUCAGCUCCCAUCUGAACCUGGAGCUGAUUAGCCGCCUCUAAGCCCAUGUUGCCUCAUGUCCCAGCUGGACAGGGAUGGAGCCUGCAGCUGUCACUUUUACUACAUUUUACAGCAACUACAUCUCUCUUUCCACCAGUGCCCCUCAGGCCCUCAGUCCAGCACCUUGUAACUGGGGAAAAGGAAAGAACAGAAGCAAGAUCACACAAGGAGUCUGUGGCUGAGGCAGGACUUGAAAUCCAGUACAGUAACUCCUCACUUAGCAUUGUAGUUAUGUUCCUGAAAAAUGCGACUUUAAGCAAAACGAUGUUAAACGAAUCCAAUUUUCCCAUAAGAUUUAAUGUAAAUGGGGAGUUAGGUUCCCAAGGACAUUUUUUUUUGCCAGACAAAAGGCAUUAUAUACAUAAACAGUAUACGCUUUAAACAAUUUUAAACAAGCAAUUUAAUACAGGUAUAAGUUUUAAACAAACAAUUUAAUACUAUACUCAGCAAUGAUGUUUGUGAAACUCUUCUCCCCUCCCCUCCAGGCUCCUGAAUGCUGGCAGAGUUCAGUCCCGGUUGACAGUGAAAAAUUAACAGGUGCUCUGCACCCACCGGCAGUGAAGCUCCCCCUAUCACACCGCCUCCUUCCCCUGAGCGCGGUGUCCCUGCUCCUCCCCCAGCUCCCAGAAAGUCCUAACAGCUGGUUGGCGGCACGGGAAGUUCUGGGAGGAAGAGGGAGGAGGUGGAGAAGAGGAAGUUGUGCAAUGCUCCCUUGUAAAGUCGCUGCUCUUCCAGAGAAUCCUACAAGCAGUGGACAGAGCAGGCAGCCAAACGACAUUAUAAGGGAGCACUGCACAACUUUAAACAAGCCUGUUCCCUCAUGGAGCAGGGACGGAACAUUGAAACAGCCCUAGGAUAUUUUGAAACCCUUAGGGAACAGGCUGUACUAGAGUUCACUCACUGCUGGGGUGUCUCCUUGUGGCUGCAUCUGUGGAGUAGCUCUGCCUGGUCUGACCUCCCCUUCCUUCCUUCCUUCCUUCCUUCGCUUGCACUGCAGCCCCUCUUGCUCUCUAAUUGUAGCAGUGCUUCCUCUUUGUUGCUUGGUGCUCUGCUCAGGGCACUAGUUUUCUCCUUGUGGGGUAACAAAGUCUCACUGGACCAGCUGUCUGGAUGCCAUUCCAGGCUGUCACUUUCCCAGUGGCUGGUAGGGGAACCUGCGUGAUACUCCAGGUUCCAGCCAGGAACCCUAUCAGCAGCAGCCAAGGUCUGCACAACCCCAUCCCCUGCUGCCGUUUCCUACUCCCUCUUCCACAGGCUUUCUUCUUCAUUCUCUGGGUAAGCCCUUCCUUCAGGGUCAGGAUCAGCAUCCCAGGGCUUCUGCUCCACCCCUGGGUUUCCUCCUCACCACCUCUCUGCUCCCGGAGAGUGACUGCAGACCUCCACAUUGCGGCACCUUCUGCCCUCAUUUCCUGGCUUUAUACAAGCCCCCCGCACACUCCUGCCUAGGUGGACUCCAUAUUCAAUGAGUGCUUGUCAGUCAAGCCCGGGUCUCCUCUCAGGUGCAGCUUACUUGGUUAAGUAGCCACCUUAAUCCCUUCGAAGUGGUGUGGGGUGAACAGCCCCACGACAGCUCAUCAGCACUGAGGAUUUCUCACUUUUGAAGAACAGAAAAAGUGAGCGACAUCUGGGAGUUGUUGCACUGUAAUGAAUUCUGUGUGAUCUUGGGUGAGGCACUUCACCGCCCUGUGCCCCAGAGCCUCAUCUGCAAAACGGGGACGAUUGUGCUUCCCUGCCUCACGGGGGCUCAGGUAUGGUAGCAAUGGGGGCGAUGUGAGAGGUGUAAUUCUCUUGCUGCCAUCUUGGUGCUGACAUGACUUGCUAAGCACCCCCGCCUUUCUUCUGCAGGGAGGGAAUGGCUGCCCCACUUCCAAAUAUCCUCUUCACAUGUGGACACAGGGCCCGCCCCUGCUGAAUUUUACUGGCAGGGGAUGCAGACUCCAUGCAUGGGCUUCCUGAAUAGACAAUAAUUUUCCUUGUCCGCAGUGGUGGCGUAGCUAUGUUGGUCCCAGGAUAUGAAAGCGGCAAUAUCUUUUAUUGGACCAACAUCUGUUGGUGGAAGAGACAGAGUCAAACAGACAGAGAUAGAGCUCUGUGUAGCAUGAAAGCUUGUCUCUAACUUUUUUCCUGGUCAGUAGCUAAUAAAUUUAAUAGAUUAAAAUCAUGCUUUAGGAGUACCCCUCCCUUUCUAAUGCUACAGUGAUGCUACAUUGUCUUUCCAUUCUACUCCCAUUGAAAGAACUCUCUGCAAGAUGUGUGAUUAGAGCUUUGUUGCACUGGGAACAAGGGGAAGGAAAAUCACUUUUAAACUACUUAAGGAAAAUAAUUAGGAUAGGAUAGGGAAAAAAUAGGGGGAACAGACAAUAGUUGUAGAAAAAUAUUCAUUGUCUUUUAUAACGAUUUAAAGUUUACAUUAUUACUGUUUAAUUUGUAUGUUACCUUGGCCACAGGCAUUCAGGAGUGUUAACCUGGAAGUGGACUGAUUGGUACAAAAAGAUUUCCCUGCUGCUUUUUGGGGAUUAGGAGGUUAGAAUAUACUCGAUUGGUACCGUAAUUGGGCCUGCUCAUCCUCUCUAUGGGCAUGGGUCAGUGCUUCGCAA